GACGAAAGCGACGUCCAGUUGGCCAGUAAACAUCCAUCGAGAGGGCCGCCACCGCGAGCGUCAUGGGCAGGCGCGUGCGACGGUGCUGCAAGUGGAGGCUGAACUUGUUGGCCCGUCUUGUAGACCAGAUGACUCGCCGCUGGCGCGAGCAUCCCAGGUCCAGAAAAAGGACACGGCAUGGCGGCAUGGAAGCUGGCUCUUUUGACGACAUUCAAACCCACUGCACGCCUUGACAGGUCCGGGGAAGAGUCGGCGUACUCGAGGAUGGGUUGGAGGCAGAGUCGUCGUUGCAUCAUGCCAUUUCUCCAUUCAUCAUGAAGUUCACAUCCGCCGUCGCCGUUGUCCACGCGUCGUCGUCGUUCGAUCGAGCCGCUGGCAUCGUCCACUUGCCGUCCAUCGAUCGCGGUGCGGAGGCCCGUGCCUCCCUCAACCACACGCGGCCCGCCUGCUUGGACGAACCCACGAUCGUGUACUCGAACGGAUCCAAUUCCACGUACGAAUGCUGGCGGAGGCAAUUCCCGUCCUUCAACGUCGACAUGCCAAACAAUCAAAUGGACGAUUGUCAUGCCGCGAAUGUCUGCUUCUACAUUGGAAACGACAUCCACACGUCCGCGACGCUGCCCCAAUCGUACUUUUUGGGGGCCGAGAACUCCCGCACCGUGACGUUUCCGUGGUACCAAGGCCGCUGGCCCGUGUGGAAGCGCGUCGACAUGGAAUUCGGCAACGUCGGGCUCUACUAUUACACGGACGGAACAUGCCUCGACGCGUACUGGCAACGCGACGAGCUCAAGGUGCAUCAAUGGACCUGCGAGUUCGGCAACCGCAACCAGUGGUGGCGAUAUAGCUUGCACAACAGCCUCCAGCUCUUUGAGCACGCGGUGCACACGGGGUGGUGCCUCCAGACCAACGGGAUUGGCGACAACGUCCAAAUGAUUCGAUGCAACUGGGGCAUCCAAGAACAGCAGCGCCGAUUGUACUGGUGAACGACCUCUUUCAAACGUCGACGAGGCAACGUCCAUCGAUAAUUCUUGAAGACAAUUGUCGACAAUAAUAUGGAUAUAUUUAUAUAUUGU